AUGAACUUUCAUAUACCUGGUGCCCGUCACCGAUUGACAUCGUGCCCUAUUUUGACUACACACUUAUUUUCUCUGGUUGCUAAUUUGGUCCUCGGGAACACAUGUGCGGUUUUUGCGAACUUCGUGUAUGAACAACAACAACAACAACAACAACAACAACAACAACAACAACAACAACAACAACAACAACAGCGACAACCGAUCUUUCUUGCUCCUCCGACCUCUAUCUAUCUAACCAGUGUUACCUUCACCUUGACACUGAAAGGUUAA